AUGGAGAUGCUGCGGACGUUGGACGCGGGAGAGCGGGCGGCGAUCGUGCGGAAGGCGGUGCUGGAGGACGCGACGGUGCGCGGGGCGGCGGCGGCGGCGUUGUUGGAAAACAGAGGCGGCGGCGCGAGCGAGGUGUUCGAGAGCAUGGACGCGAACGAAGACGGUAUGGUGGAUGAGCGGGAGUUUAUGAUGGCGUUGAGUCGAGACGGGAGCACACGAGAGGGUGUGGAGACGGGAGCGGGACGGGCGACGCUCGCGUUGGCCCAGUUUCGCGCGGUGGCGCUGAAUAGCGCGGUGCCGUUCAUAGGGUUCGGAUUUAUGGAUAACUCGGUGAUGAUUUUGGCUGGGGAGAGCAUCGAGACCUCUCUCGGGGUCGGUCUUGGUCUGAGCACCAUGGCCGCGGCGGCGUGCGGGAACACGGUGAGCGACAUUGUCGGCAUCGGGCUUUCGAGCAAAAUCGAAGCCUUCGCGGAUAGGCUCGGGUUCGGUAUGCCCGCUCUGAACAAGGUCCAGCGCGCGUCGACGUCGGUGCGAUUGGCCAAGAUCGUGGGUGCGACCACCGGGGUCACGAUUGGAUGUUUCCUAGGCGCGUUUCCUCUCGCGUUAGGCUUGUAA